AUCGCGGCGCGCGGACGGGAGGGCGGCGCGGAAGGCCCGGCGGGCGGAUCGCGGCGCUGGCUCUAAGAUGGCUGUUGUGAGCGGGGCGCAGUUGCUGUGAGGAGCCGCCCGCCUGUGCCAUGGAGUGCCCGCACCUUGGCUCCAGCGUCUGCAUCGCGCCCGCCUCGGCCCGGUUCCCGCAGGGCUCGCCCUCCUCCUGGUGCUGCAGCGUGUGCCGAUCCAAUAAAAGUCCCUGGGUUUGUCUGACUUGUUCAAGUGUCCAUUGUGGAAGAUAUGUGAAUGGCCAUGCAAAGAAACAUUAUGAAGAUGCACAGAUUCCUUUAACCAAUCAUAAGAAAACAGAAAAGCAAGAGAAAGUUCAGCAUACUGUGUGCAUGGAUUGCAGUAGUUACAGUACAUAUUGUUAUCGCUGUGAUGAUUUUGUAGUCAAUGAUACCAAGCUGGGCUUGGUACAGAAAGUCAGGGAGCACCUACAGAACUUGGAAAAUUCAGCUUUUACGGCAGACAGACAUAGGAAAAGAAAACUAGUGGAAAAUUCGUCUCUGAACAGCAAGUCAUUAAAAGUCAAUGGGAGCACCAAUGCCCUUUGUGCUACAGGCCUUCGCAAUCUGGGGAACACGUGUUUCAUGAAUGCGAUCCUUCAGUCUCUCAGUAACAUUCAGCAGUUUUGCUGUUACUUCAAAGAGUUGCCAGCCGUGGAGUUGCGGAAUGGGAAAACAGCUGGCAGGCGAACUUACCAUACCAGGAGCCAAGGGGAUAACAACGUUUCAUUGGUUGAAGAGUUUAGAAAGACACUUUGUGCUUUAUGGCAAGGGAGCCAAACUGCAUUUAGCCCAGAAUCUUUAUUUUACGUCGUUUGGAAAAUCAUGCCAAAUUUUAGGGGAUACCAGCAACAAGAUGCCCAUGAAUUCAUGCGUUACCUGUUGGACCAUCUACAUUUGGAACUCCAAGGAGGCUUUAAUGGUGUUUCUCGCUCGGUAAUUUUGCAAGAAAAUUCAGGUCUCUCUGCAAGCAACAAAUGUUGCAUAAAUGGAGCCUCUACUGUUGUCACAGCUAUAUUUGGAGGCAUUCUUCAAAAUGAAGUAAACUGCUUAAUAUGUGGAACUGAAUCUAGAAAGUUUGAUCCAUUCCUAGACCUUUCACUAGAUAUUCCAAGUCAGUUCAGAAAUAAACGUACUAAGAAUCAAGAAAAUGGACCAAUGUGCACACUACGGGAUUGUCUUCGCAGUUUUACAGACUUGGAAGAACUUGAUGAGACAGAGCUCUAUAUGUGCCACAAAUGUAAAAAGAAACAGAAAUCCACCAAAAAAUUCUGGAUUCAGAAACUACCAAAGGUGCUAUGCUUACACUUGAAACGAUUUCACUGGACAGAAUAUCUGAGAAACAAGGUUGAUACAUAUGUAGAAUUUCCCCUCCGGGACCUAGACAUGAAAUGCUACUUGUUAGAGCCGGAGAACAGUGGCCCAGAAAGCUGUCGAUAUGAUCUUGCAGCUGUUGUUGUACAUCAUGGUUCAGGCGUUGGCUCUGGACAUUACACAGCCUAUGCAACUCAUGAAGGUCGCUGGUUCCAUUUCAAUGACAGUACUGUAACUCUGACCGAUGAGGAGACCGUGGUAAAGGCAAAGGCCUACAUCCUCUUCUAUGUGGACCGGCAGGCCAAAUCUGGAUCUGAUAAACUUUAAUACCUCCUUUUAAUCCUCACUUAUCAAGUCCUUCGGACAAAACAUUUCCAAUUCUCCAUAAAUACUUGAUCCAAGACUAUUAAUUUCAUUGUGCACUUUUCAACUUCCUCGUGUGGGUUUUAGUUUUGUUGUGUCAAUGGUAGCUUGGACAUUGACUUAUUGAACUUGGACACAAACUAACUUUUUUUUUUUUAGUUCUACCAGAAAACCUCAGCAGAUAUUUUGAUUUGCUGCUUUAGUUGUGAUAACUCAAUUUUUAUAUAUAUAGUUUCAUGAACUACUUAGUUAUUUGAUUUUUAUAUUAAUGUUUUCAGUUCUCACUUUCUAAAGGCACAUUUACAUCAGAGAAGCUUUGUAUCCUCUUUAUAAGCAAGAGAAACGUGUUCCUGAUUAUGAAGAGCAAUAGAAUUUCAUGCUGCUCUCACAGCUGUUAUGUAGAUAAGAUUGAAUCACUUUUAAAUCAAGGAAUUGCUUGCACAUACUGUUUGCCCCAGUGCAAGAAACUUAACAGUGACCUCUGAACAAUCACUCUUUGCCUGCAGAAGAGAUGAGAUGUGGCAUCAUUAAGUAGAAUGGGUAAUUGCUGCUAUCAGUGUGUAUCAAGGCUGCUGUCUUUCAGGACUCCUUGUAAAUAAAUAGUUGAUUCAGUUGUAUUUGUACUGCAAAUUCAAGUGUUUCUCAUUUGUACUUUUUCCCCUACAAAAGAGACAUUUAAAUUAUUACCCUAAUCAUAUACGUGUCUUUAUACGUGUCUUGGGAUUUUAAUUUACUUUUUUUAAACUGAAAUGGAAUUGCUAGGGUGACGUCUCAAUUUUUAGCAUUUAUCCCAAAGUUUGAUGCAAGUACUUGCUUCUGAAGCUAGCAGGCUCCACGGGAUUGGGCCACUGUCCCUUUUAUAUCCUAAAAUGAGAGUUCAAUGUGGGGGCUUCACACAGGAGAGGUUUUUGUCUCAAUAUAACUCCCAUUUGCCCACAUCCCCUUUCAGUGUGAUUAAAAACCACCAGUCUGUGUUUAGGACUGAAAGGCAGGUUUGUUCUGGGUUUGGAGAUAGACUUUGCAUGGCAUGUUGUUAUACCUAAUCCAGACUCAGGCUCAAACUGGUAGGGAAGAUGCAUUUAAAUCUAUAUGCAGGGAUAUUACAGUUCAUGCAAAUUGUGGAGCUAAUACUGCCCCUGUAGGUGAGCACAUACCCUCACUAACUGCAGUAUUUAAUUAGCAGUGCAACAUUUCUCAUGGUCUCUUGACCAAAAGAAGAGGCAAGAUAUUAUUUCUGAAGUUGAAAUGUAAGACAUCUGUUUAUAUUAAACCUCUUAUCAGCUUAGUGGAAGAAGAAUUCAGUGUUAGCAGCUGGAAUUUCAGCUGUUCUGGUACUGCUGAGAGAGAAGAGCCCAGUAUAGAUUGAAUGAUACUGAACUCCCCUUUCCCUCCUCUUCUGUUUGUCUACUGCCUUUCACCACACUCCCAUAAUCUCAAAAGUUUUUGUGGGAAGGCUGGAGCUCUCUGCCUGCCAAGUCAGCUAUCCCACCAGACCCCUCUUACUAGUGAGAUAUUCCCAAGAGUUUACAAACAGGUGUGUUUGUAUUUAGCUGAGUAAAAACAUCUGCCUUCCCCUGGUUGCAUCUCCUUGAAGGGCCACAUUAGUCAGCAGGUAGAUGUAGAAUGCAUUUCAGUAUUAGUUGACUAAGCACCAGCGCUCCUGACUGGGGGAGCCUGACAAUUGCAAAAAAAAAAAAAAAAAAAGUUUGAAUUACCUGUUUGAUCCGUCUCAGAUGUCGUUUAAAAAGAAAUUGGCUUUGUAUAAAAGUGCAGAAAUGUUCAAUAUUGCUAAAUUGUGUAUGAAAAUAUGUAAACUAUACACUUACCUAAACCUAAUAGUGACUAUCACUUGAUAUGUUAAGUGGCAGAUAUACCAGGAUGUCUUUAUUUUGUUGUUGAACAAUAAAUAGAUUAUUCAUUGCUUCAAACUGUAGCCAUCAGCUUGUUACCUACUGUUUUCGGACCUCUGCAGCUAGAGCGUAUGUUCUGAUCAGAACCAGCAGCUGUUAUCACAUUUAAACAUAAUAAAAAAGUAAUUGGCAGAAUUCAUAUUAUUUUUUCACCACUGAUGGCAAUUCAGGAUGUAAUUUUGGGGAUUAAACCGUAGGCCAUUGGCACUUGAGCCAGCACUAAAAUUGCUCUAGAAUUUGUUUAAUAUAUGUGUUGAGAAUAACAAUCAUGACAUGAUCUGGUCGAUUUAUUUAACUUGCAGUGAAUUUAGUGCAUAUUGUUCAGCCACCCAGUGAUGUAAAUGUGCCUUUCUGUAUUUUUAGGAAGUUCAUAAACUUCAUCAACAUUAUUCCCUUUAUUUUAAAGGCGAUUAUUUCUCUCUUAAGUCAUCAACUUUUUUUGCCCAAAUAUUGUCUUACACUUUUCCUCUCAGUACCAUUUUCCAUGUAUCAUAAGUGAAUUGUCUUAGCCAAUGGCAUACAUCAUAUUCUGUUUAGGACGUGGCCAUCAGAACAUCGUGUACUUGUCCCAUAGCCAUAUGCGUCUAUGGGACAAGUACACUGUAAAUCCUUUCCUAAUGUAGCGUACUCCCACUGCAAACACAGAUGGACAGUAGAAACAAUUUUUUGUGGCAACACAAGUAUUUCUCUUCCUGGUGGAGAACUUUCCUUAUCCACUGUAUUCUAGUCAGUGCCCCCCCACCCCAAAAAAAGGCAACUGAGCACUGAACCAGUAACCUAUACUGUACCUAGCUUAGUAUUAAAUUUUUAACCUUACAUAUGUAUCCUCUAUUUAUCUACUUUUUUUGAGCAGGGUGGGGGAAAAGGACAUUUUAAGCCCAAUCAGUUUCUUUUGUUGUUCACUGCUGGUCUGAUUUGCUUUCUGCAAGCACAUGGUUUUUGCAGUUCAGGCACUUGGCCAGUAUUCUACACCAAAAGAAAAAGGUUGUCCUUGGGGUGUCGCUUAUUGUUUAAAGUUGCGUCUACAACUGGAAAUGCAGUUUAUGUAAAACAAUGGGGGAAUUCCCAGUUGUUCAUCCCUGCUUCGGCAGACUGCAUGGUGAUUGAUCCCAUACAGUAAGGAGGUGAGCUCCUACAAGGAGUACAGUCAAAGGUGCUUUUCCCAGUGAUCAUUGAUGUCAUGUGGAGUGGGAUUAAAUCUUUUUCUUGAUGGUGCAGGCACUGUGGCCCUGUAUCAAAAGCAGAAAGCCAUUUGUAAGACUUGCUGAAUGGAUGGAAAGCAUGACACUUGUUCAAAAGUUUGCCUAAUGCUGUUUCAUUUCUGAUGUGUCUGUCUCUUACUAAUGAGGUAAUCAGCACCUUGAAAACUCUCAUUCCAUUGUGCUUUAGAAUAUCCUCAAGUACUGUAGUGCCAUAGAUGUAAUUGUUUACCAUUAAAAUCUAAUGUGUAAGUUUC